AAUCUCGGGGCAUUUCGAUCUCAGAGAGGAUCGGGUAAAGAGAGGAUUCAAGAUGACGAUGACAAGAACGCUUUUCGAAUCGAAGACGGACAAAUGCUAUGCUCCCAGCUUCAUCGCCGUCAAUAUCUCUCUCGCUUUUAUCGACGGCGCUCUCGCCUUCAUCGCAUUCCUUCAGUUAAGUCGGUUUCACAGGCGGGAUAAACGAGCUGGAUGGACACGGCAGAAAGUUCUUCAUCUUAUGAUUGGCUCCUCAAACACCGGUUCUCUUGUUUAUUUUGUGGCUGCUAUUAUAGCAACUUGCACAAGGUGGCAUCAUUGGUCCAACGCAUUUGGUUUUCUGCUUAUGGCCUUUCCCAAGAUUCUGUUUCUUGCAACUUUUCUCCUGCUUCUCUCUUUCUGGGUAGAUGUUUGCCAUCAGGGAAAUGGCGAGGAGGAGGAUGAUGAUGAUGAAGAAAGUAGCAUCCAGCAAGUGUUGCUGGAGAAAAGCAAGAGCAAACCAAGUUCUUCCAGUGCAAGUGAUCGCAGAAAGUGUUGCUCUUUCACUGGGAUUCAUGUCGGGACCCGACAGAAGUUUGUUGUUGCAGCGGUUGUUCUUGUGUUCAUCUUAAUGAUAUCAUUUGCAAUCCUUAUCUGGAUUGCUUCCGGAGAUAAUUCUGCAGAUCCUUCAUUAUUGGCUGAGGUGUAUGUAGAUAUUUUUGCUUCAAUACUCCUAAUCACAGGAGGAGGACUAUGUUUCUAUGGCAUGCGUCUGUUCUUUAACCUAAGGAAGGUCCGGUCUGAGCAAGUUUCAGCAGAGAUGCGAAAGGUAUCCGGUUUAGCAGGCGUCUCAGUUGUAUGCUUCACCGUGAGUUCUGUAAUCGCUCUUCUCACACACAUUCCGCUCUUUUAUCAUUGGAACCCAAGCAAAUUACACGGCGUCAAGGCAUUGGUUCUCCUGAUCAUAUACUAUUUCAUAGGUUCGACUUUACCACUGGCUUUCGUUUUAUGGGUUUUGCGGGAGUUACCCCCUCAGAACAUUGUGAGUAGACAAGAAGAACAAACAAGAAUCACUUAUGUCAACUAUGAUACUGUUGCAAGGCAGCCUCAGCAGUGGACCUCCACAACCGUUUCGAAAAAUCAGGUUUCUAAGGCAAGUCCAAUAUGAACUCAAAUAAACGUCAUAGCGAUAGCCUGAAGCUAAUAUCUGCCAACGUUCUUCUCUUUGCACCGGGAAAAAACCUUGUUGAGUUGCGAGUUGCCUGAAUAUGGUGUUGUGCUGGAGUGAAACUAAAGUUGAAGACAAGAGUGUGUUUAUAAAAGAUAGAAUACAGGUUGAUUCCGAGAAAGCUCUGUAAAUAUUCUUCUUUGUUUACAGUUUUUUCCUUAUAGUUUUAGUUGCAUGAUGUGUUGAGGGACUUGUGGAUAUACAUUAAGUGAUAUGUUCUUACUUCUUAGUAACCUACUGAAACAGUCUCAUAUAACUGCUUUCUUUAUCGGUUUAAGUAUAGCGAUUUUCUUAUAAAGCGAG